AAAUUACCUGCUUCAUUUCCUGAGAAACGCAGAUAAGAAGAAAACCCAGAAACUAUACUUGUAGAGAGAAGAGAAAGCAUGGUGGCAAUGGCAGUGCCGGGAGUGCUUUUGGGAACCAUUUCCACCCUACGCUUCCACAGACCGGUGCCCCCAAAGAAGACGGUGGGCGCAGAACUGGGUUCUGUUACCUCCCAAUUCUGUGGACUCAAAAUCACGCACAAGCUCCCUCAGGUUGCGUCAUUUAAACCCAUCUCCGCCCCUCUCACUCCUGCUCUGCAACCCAUCGCGCGAAGAGUAUGCCCUUUUACUGGAAAGAAAUCAAACAAGGCUAACAAAGUUUCCUUCUCAAAUCACAAGACAAAGAAAUUGCAAUUUGUCAACCUACAAUACAAGAAGAUUUGGUGGGAAGCUGGUAAGCGCUAUGUCAAAUUGCGUUUGUCAACCAAGGCAUUGAAGACCAUAGAGAAGAAUGGACUAGAUGCUGUUGCAAAAAAGGCUGGAAUAGAUCUUCGAAAGGAAUGACUAAUGUCCUGGCAACUUUUCUUCUAGUUGUAGGUAAAGGCUUUACUGGUAAAACAAAGUUAAUGGUAAAGCAUGUCUGUUUAAAAUUUGUUUUCCUUGCUUGUUUUUUCUUUUGUUGUGUAAUUCUUUUCAAAUAACAAUAUCUGCUUCUAAACCAGUCGGUUCUAUGAGUUCAUUUCUUACUGGUGUUGUCUCAGGCUUUGGAUGCUUGUUCCUUUAACAACUGAAUGAGAGAUGAACAUUACUUAAAGGAGAGUGCUUUUACUGAUGCAAGUUCAAAAUUUUCACUUGCUUGUUCCAUUGGUGUAUCAAGGAAACUAUCAAUGAGAACAGUCAGUAACCCUUUUCGACAGGGCAGACCUUGAGCAUUUUGUUUGUCCGUGCAUAUUGGGCACACCCCUUUCAGGAUAAAAAAGGGGAUUUUGAACAAAAAUGUGGAUUCAUGCUUUGAAGUAACAACUACCCUGUAGACAGAAGCCAUACAGAAACUACCAUAAACCAGGUAUUGUAAUAAUAUCAAAAGUUAAAA